GGCCCAGCAGGUGGAUAAUACAGCACUCGGACAGUGGGGGCCGUUCUGCCGCCGUGCAGCCAUGUCUAGCGGCGACAACAGCAGAGGCACUGCCGGGAGGAUCGGGGCUCAGCGCGGCGCGCGACGCUUUCAGUGAGGCGGACGGAUUGGCGGCGGCGGCGGCGGCGGCGGCGGCUGCAUGAGACGAUUCCAUGUUGGCGGCUCAGGAUUAAGCGGAAGGAGACCCCGAUCCUGGCGCAGAGGGCCGACUGAAAUCCCCCGCCCUCCCUCCAUCCCUUGGGGCACCGGCGGAAAGGAUCCGACCUCCAGCGGGGAACGGAGAGGCAUGGCUGACCGAAGUCCCCCGAAUUGCCACUUGAGGCUGGAGUGGGUUUAUGGCUACCGAGGUCACCAAUGCCGCAACAACCUUUACUACACGGCCGCCAAAGAGAUCGUUUAUUUUGUGGCGGGGGUUGGCGUGGUCUAUAGCCCCCGGGAGCACCGGCAGAAAUUCUACCUGGGGCACCAAGACGACAUCAUCAGCCUUGCUUUACAUCCUGAACGAGUAUUAGUAGCAACAGGUCAAGUUGGGAAGGAACCAUAUAUCUGUGUUUGGGACACCUACACCGUGCAGACUGUAUCAGUAAUGAAAGAUGCUCAUACACAUGGUAUAGCUUGCUUGGCAUUUGAUGUAGACGGUCAGCGUUUGCUUUCAGUUGGUUUGGAUUCAAAGAAUACAAUCUGUGUCUGGGAUUGGAGAAAAGGAAAAAUGUUGUCCAUGGCUCCUGGUCAUACUGACAGAAUAUUUGAUAUUUCUUGGGAUUUGUACCAACCAAACAAACUUGUUAGCUGUGGUGUAAAACAUAUUAAGUUCUGGAGUCUGUGUGGAAAUUCAUUGACACCAAAGCGUGGUGUCUUUGGUAAGACUGGUGAUCUCCAAACUAUUCUGUGCCUCGCCUGUGCAAGAGAUGAAAUAACAUAUUCUGGUGCGCUUAAUGGAGAUAUCUAUGUAUGGAAAGGAAUCAACCUUAUACGAACCAUACAAGGGGCACAUGCUGCAGGAAUUUUCAGCAUGAAUGCAUGUGAAGAAGGCUUUGCCACUGGUGGCAGGGAUGGCUGUAUUCGCCUUUGGGAUUUAAAUUUCAAACCCAUUACUGCGAUCGAUCUCAGGGAAACAGACCAGGGCUAUAAAGGUCUGUCAGUGAGGAGUGUUUGCUGGCGAGGAGAUCACAUCCUGGUUGGAACACAGGACAGUGAGAUUUUUGAAAUUGUGGUGCAUGAACGCAAUAAGCCUUUUCUUAUUAUGCAAGGACACUGUGAAGGGGAGCUUUGGGCCCUGGCAGUUCAUCCUACAAAACCAUUAGCCGUGACUGGAAGUGAUGAUCGAUCAGUUAGAAUAUGGAGCCUUAUAGAUCACGCACUGAUUGCACGAUGCAAUAUGGAAGAACCAAUUCGUUGCGCAGCUGUUAGCACUGAUGGGAUUCAUCUUGCUCUUGGAAUGAAAGAUGGUUCUUUUACAGUACUUCGGGUUAGAGAUAUGACAGAAGUUGUUCACAUUAAGGAUAGGAAAGAAGCUAUUCAUGAAUUAAAGUAUUCACCAGAUGGAAAUUUCCUUGCAGUUGGCUCCAAUGACAGCUCUGUUGAUAUUUAUGGUGUUAUUCAACGAUACAAAAAGGUUGGCGAAUGUGUUGGAUCCUCAAGUUUUAUAACCCAUAUGGACUGGUCUUUAGACAGUAAAUAUUUGCAAACCAAUGAUGGUAGUGGAAAACGUCUUUUUUAUAGGAUGCCUGGUGGAAAAGAAGUGACAAAUAAAGAAGAGUUAAAGGGCAUCCAGUGGGCUUCAUGGACUUCAGUUUCAGGCCUUGAAGUUAAUGGAAUAUGGCCUAAAUAUUCAGAGAUCAAUGACAUCAAUUCUGUUGAUGCAAAUUUCAUGGGCCAGGUUCUUGUUACAGCUGACGAUUAUGGAACAGUAAAACUCUUUCGGUAUCCCUGUAUAAGAAAAGGGGCAAAGUUUAAGAAAUACCUUGGUCAUUCAGCACAUGUGACAAAUGUCAGGUGGUCACAUGAUUAUCAGUGGGUUAUUUCUAUUGGUGGAGCAGAUCACUCUGUUUUCCAGUGGAAAUUUAUUCCUGAAAGAAAGCUGAAAGAUGCUCUUCACAUAGCACCGCAAGAAAGCCUGGUUGACUCCAAUAGUGAAGAAUCAGAUUCUGAUCAAUCUGACGUUCCAGAGCUGGACUCUGAAAUUGAACAAGAGACUCAGAUUACUUAUCGACGACAGGUUUACAAAGAAGAUCUACCUCAGCUUAAAGAGCAAUGCAAAGAAAAACGAAAAACUGCAGCCUCAAAAAGAAGAGAGAGGGCUCCAAUCAAUAGUAUAAGAUUACAUUUUGUUCAUGGUUACAGAGGCUAUGACUGUCGGAGUAAUUUAUUUUACACUCAGACUGGAGAAAUUGUGUACCAUGUUGCAGCAGUUGGCAUAGUAUACAAUCGGCAGCAAAACACACAGCGCUUUUAUUUGGGUCAUGAUGAUGAUAUCCUAUGCCUUGCUAUUCACCCCCUAAAGGACUAUGUGGCUACAGGCCAGGUUGGCCGGGAUUGCUCAACCCAUGUUUGGGAUACAGAGACAAUCAAACCACUGUCAGUAUUAAAGGGCUAUCACCAGUAUGGUGUUUGUGCUGUUGACUUUUCAGCUGAUGGCAAACGGUUAGCUUCAGUUGGAAUAGAUGACAAUCACACUGUUAUUCUUUGGGAUUGGAGAAAAGGAGAGAAGCUUUCAGCAGUAAGGGGGAGUAAAGACAAGAUCUUUGUUGUUAAAAUUAACCCCUUUAUGCCUGAUAAACUAAUUACAGCUGGAAUUAAACACAUAAAAUUCUGGCGAAGAGCAGGAGGUGGACUAAUUGGAAAAAAGGGUUAUGUGGGUCCAGUGGGGAAAAUUGAUACAAUGAUGUGUGCAGUUUAUGGCUGGACAGAAGAAAUGGCAUUCUCUGGAACUUCAACUGGAGAUGUAUGUAUAUGGAGAGAUAUUUUCCUCAUCAAAACAGUAAAAGCACAUGAUGGCCCAUUGUUCAGCAUGCAUGCAUUAGAAAAAGGAUUUGUAACUGGGGCGAAAGACGGAAUUGUGGCUCUUUGGGAUGACAGCUUUGAACGGUGUCUGAAAACAUAUGCCAUCAAACGAACUGCAUUAGCCCCAGGCUCCAAAGGUCUCCUUUUAGAAGAUAAUCCUUCUAUCCGUGCCAUAUCAUUAGGACACGGUCAUAUUUUAGUUGGCACAAAGAAUGGUGAAAUAUUGGAAGUUGAUAAAAGUGGGCCAAUAACUUUACUAGUUCAGGGUCAUAUGGAAGGAGAUGUUUGGGGUUUAGCUUCUCACCCUCAUUUACCUAUUUGUGCCACUGUAAGUGAAGAUAAAACCUUAAGAAUAUGGGAUCUUUCACCAAGCCACUGUAUGCUAGCUGUUCGAAAACUGAAGAAGGGGGGAAGAUGUUGCUGUUUUUCACCUGAUGGAAAGGCAUUGGCAGUAGGUCUUAAUGAUGGCAGUUUCUUAAUGGUAAAUUCAGACACUCUGGAGGAUCUUGUUUCUUUUCAUCACAGGAAGGAUGCUAUUUCAGAAAUACGAUUUUCUCCUGGUGCUGGAAAGUACUUAGCUGUAGCAUCAUAUGAUAGUCUUGUAGAUAUCUACAAUGUAAUGAGCAGUAAAAGGGUUGGGAUCUGCAAGGGAGCCUCCAGUUACAUAACCCACAUGGAUUGGGACAUAAGAGGCAAGCUUCUACAGGUCAACACUGGUGCUAAAGAACAGUUAUUUUUUGAAGCUCCGCGGGGAAAAAAGCAGAUAAUUUCUACUGCACAGGCAGAAAAGAUUUCUUGGGCAUCCUGGACAAGUGUUUUAGGUUCGUGCUGUGAAGGAAUAUGGCCGAUAAUUGGAGAAGUCACAGAUGUAACUGCCUCGUGCCUCAGCAGUGAUAGUACAGUCUUGGUAACAGGAGAUGAUUUUGGAUUUGUAAAACUUUUCCGCUUCCCUGCCAAAGGGAAGUAUAGCAAAUUCAAGAGGUAUGUGGCUCAUAGUACACAUGUGACGAACGUUCGCUGGACUCACGAUGACGGUUUGUUAGUCAGUGUUGGAGGUGGAGAUACAUCGCUAAUGCUGUGGACCCAUGAGAUGGAGGGUCAUCGAGAAAGUAGGCAGUGUGAUAGCGAAGAAUCUGAUCUGGAUUCUGAGGAAGAUGGAGGAUAUGACAGUGACAUCACAAGAGAAAAUGAAAUUAAUUACACCAUUAAAGCCUUAUCGACCAACAUAAGACCUAUGUUUGGAAUCAAGCCUCAUCUGCAGCAAAAAGAGCCUUCAGCUGAUGAAAGGCAAGGAGUUGUAAGAGGUUCCAGACCACCAGUUAGUAGGGCACUGCCUCAGCCUGAAAAACUCCAGACAAAUAAUGUUGGGAAAAAGAAGAGACCUAUAGAGGAUUUAGUGCUUGAACUGGUAUUUGGAUAUCGUGGCAGAGAUGGCAGAAACAAUGUGCACUAUUUGAAUGAUGGUGCUGACAUAAUUUAUCAUACGGCAUCAGUUGGGAUUCUGUAUAAUGUGGCAACAGGUUCUCAAUCUUUUUAUCAGGAACAUAAUGAUGAUAUUUUGUGCCUCACUAUAAAUCAGCAUCCCAAAUUUGUCAACCUUGUGGCAACUGGCCAAGUAGGAGACUCAGCAGACAUGUCAACAACAACUCCUUGUAUUCAUGUGUGGGAUGCAGUGAACAAGCAGACGCUGUCUGUACUGCGAUGCUACCAUUCAAAAGGAGUUUGUUCGGUUGGAUUUAGUGCCACAGGCAAGCUUCUUCUGUCUGUUGGUUUGGAUCCUGAACAUACCAUUACCAUUUGGAAAUGGCAGGAAGGUGCCAAAAUUGCCAGUAGAGCCGGUCAUAACCAGCGUAUUUUUGUAGCAGAAUUCAGGCCUGAUUCCGACACUCAGUUUGUUUCAGUAGGAGUAAAACAUGUGAGAUUUUGGACCCUUGCUGGAAGAGCCCUUCUUAGUAAAAAAGGACAGACAAGUUCAAUAGAAGAUGCACGAAUGCAGACCAUGCUUUCUGUGGCAUUUGGAGCUAAUAAUUUGACAUUUACAGGUACCAUCAGUGGAGAUGUGUGUGUUUGGAAGGACCAUAUAUUGAAUCGAAUUGUGGGCAAAGCUCAUAAUGGUCCUAUAUUUGCAAUGUAUACAACAUUACGUGAUGGCUUAAUUGUAACUGGAGGCAAAGAGAGGCCAUCAAAAGAAGGAGGCGCAGUUAAGCUAUGGGAUCAAGAACUUAGAAGGUGUCGAGCCUUCAGAUUAGAGACAGGACAAUUAAUUGACUGUGUCCGUUCCGUGUGCAGAGGCAAAGGAAAAAUUCUUGUUGGGACACGGAAUGCUGAAAUCAUAGAAGUUGGAGAGAAAAAUGCUGCCUGUAACCUUCUGAUUAACGGGCACAUGGAUGGACCUAUCUGGGGACUGGCAACACACCCGUCUCGUGAUGUUUUUCUUUCUGCAGCAGAAGAUGGAACAGUCAGACUUUGGGAUAUUGCUGACAAAAAGAUGGUGAACAAAGUCAAUUUGGGCCAUGCAGCACACACUGUGUCAUAUAGCCCAGAGGGUGACAUGGUGGCUAUUGGCAUGAAAAAUGGAGAAUUUAUUAUCUUGUUAGUGAACUCACUGAAGAUAUGGGGGAAGAAAAGAGACAGACGAUCUGCUAUCCAGGACAUCAGGUUCAGCCCAGAUUCCCAUUACUUAGCAGUGGGUUCAAGUGAAAACGCAGUAGACUUUUAUGACUUGACACUGGGGCCUCCUCUCAACCGAACCAGCUACUGCAAAGACAUCCCAAGCUUUGUUAUUCAAAUGGACUUUUCCGCAGAUAGCUGUUAUCUUCAGGUGUCUACUGGGUCUUACAAAAGGCAAGUUUAUGAAGUGCCUUCAGGAAAACAACUUCUGGAUCAAACUGUGAUUGAUAGAAUAACAUGGGCCACUUGGACCAGCAUUCUAGGAGAUGAGGUUGUUGGAAUCUGGUCCCGGCAUGCUGAGAAAGCAGAUGUGAAUUGUGCCUGUGUUUCUCACUCGGGAAUUAGCCUUGUGACAGGCGAUGACUUUGGCAUGGUCAAGUUGUUCGACUUCCCUUGUCCAGAGAAGUUUGCAAAACAUAAAAGAUUUUUAGGUCAUUCAGCUCACGUGACUAAUAUUCGCUUUACAAGUGGAGACCGAUACGUUGUCAGUGCUGGUGGAGAGGACAGCAGCAUAUUUGUCUGGAAAUGUGUCCAUAUGCCUCAUUAAGAGACAUGGAGACCUUCCACAGAGGAUGUGACAUGAAGGAAGAGUUAUUACUGCUCUACGGUUGCAAAAAGAGUUCUCCAGUGCCCCUCACGCUUUAAGAAAUGGUGCUGAUAAAGACAGGUAGCAAUCUGUCUGACUAGAGUCUAUCAGAAGAAUGAACUACUGCAAAUAUUUUGAAAUUAAUCCUAUUUCUAGAAUAUCAGAUAGCCUAUAUCACUUUCCCACUCACUGCCAGAUACUGAAAUACUUCGAUAAAGAAGGAGUUUGGGCUCAGUCUACGGUGCCCCAAUAAGAUUGUGGCUUAUAUUAUUUCUGAUCUAAUUCUGUACAGUAUAUUGCGUUUACUUUCAUCAUGGAUGUUUAAAUACUCAGUACUCAUACUCAACAGAAGAAUCCUUAUUUUAUUACUGAAAAGAAAACUACUGUGCUGGUCUCAAAACUUUUUUUUUAAGGUGAAAAUAAAAUUGAAAAAAUGAGUGGACCUCCAAAAGAUUUGCUUAGUUCACCCAACCAUCCAACCAAUUAACCCAACCCCUUAAGAACUGUUUGCUUCUAGGACCUGCAUAAUUGUAUUGAUUUUAAGGCCUGAGUUGUAAUCCUAUCUGGUGAAUGCUGGUAGACAUGCAGGAGCCCAUUCUUCAAGGCAGAUUUAGUGUUUUUGUAUCAUUUGAGCAUUAAAUAAAUUCUGUGAGCAGAAUCACAUUUGCUCACAUUUUGAGUGCCUUGCCCCAAACCUAAAAGAUCUAACUCCGUUUUUUGCCUUGUGAAUAAAUGCGUUAUCAAUGAAUGAGAAAGCACUGUGCUUAUUUGCAGUGCAAUGCUGAACGGAAGGGGACUGACUUCACUUUAGUGUUCAGGUAUAUGGAAGGUAUAGAUUGUC